CUCUGGAAACAGGGUCCGUGGUAGCAUCAGAGUAUUUUACUAAACCUCAGAUAGUUAAAAGCGAGACGGGACUAAGGCUGCAGAGAUAGAUGGAGGGACCUGGGCUGAGACCCCUCUCUCAGCAGCCAGGCCCUUCGCAGGGAGACCCCAGGCUGCCUGUCUGCUGUUUGUUUUCCCCCACAGGUGCUCGCUCUCUUGUCAUCAACCUCACCGUCCAGUCCCAGUCCAGACCUGGGCAGCCCUGGUAUAAAUUCCAGGGCUCAGUGGAUAAAGAGCCUUUCCUUCAGUAUGACAGUGACAGCAACAAGGUCAGACCUUUGGGUGCCCUGGGAGAGAAGGUAAAGGCCACCAGAUUAUGGACAGAAUUGCCACAAACACUGAGAGACAUGGGGCCCGAGCUCAGGAUGACCGUGACUGACAUCAGACUGGAGAGAAACAAGACCAGGGGUCCCCUAACCCUGCAGGCCGAGCUGUCCUGCCAGUGUGAAGUAGGACGAUGCACUAGUGGGCCCUUGAAGUUUAACAUCAGUGAACAGACCACCCUCGUCUUUGAACCAAUGAGCAAGAACUGGAUAGUUGUUAGUCCUGGAGCCAGAGAGGUCAAGGAGGACUGGGAGAAGAAUGGACAGGUGGAGCGUUUCAGGAAGAUCUCAACGGGAGAUUGCAAUCGCUGGCUUGGGGACUUCUUAAACCACUGGGAGAAAGUGCUGGAGCCCUCAGGGCCUGCCAUGGGCUUUCCCACCGGCUUCCGGGAUCCCAUUCCACCUCCCCGAGCACAGGAGUUCGCGCCUACACUGGGCAAUGCUUCAGUCAUCAGGCACCACUAG